AUGGUGAGGGAUUCGUCGUCGACGUCGUCGUGCGGCGUCGGCGGCGGCGGCGGCGGGGGGAUGCCGGCAUGGCUGGGGGGGCUUCUGGAGGAGGAAGGGUUCUUCUCCGGCUGCACGAUCCAUGAGCAGAGGAAGAAGAACGAGAAGAACAUCUUCUGCCUCAGCUGCUGCCGCAGCAUCUGCCCCCACUGUGCCUCAACCCCUACCCACCUCUCCCACCCCCUCCUCCAGGUAUACUACCCACUUUGCUUCUCUCUCUCUCUCUCUCUCUCUCUCUCUCUCUCUUACACAUACACACACACUCUGGACUGCUUGUCACUGCAUUGGUGAGGAGGACGUGAAUGUUUACUUUCGAGUGCUCGUCGUGAAUUCUUCUGGCUUUGGACAAUCCCACAGCCAUCUCUUACUCUAUUAACUCUGGUUUUUUCUUUUCCUCUCUCACAUCCGGUAAACUUGAGUCUCCACUCUCUAUCUCCGCCUCUGGUUUGAUCACAGCCGCAUAAGAGAGAAAGGAAGAUGCAUGCAUUUCUUCGAUUUUUCAUCACGAUGAAUUAUCCCACCCGCCCGCGGGGAAACUCCCUGUCUUCUCCGUUUCUCUCUCUACUGGCUCUGCCCCAGCUUCCAAUUCUUCCCACCUGAUCAAACCCUCUCCCUCUCCACCCUCAACACUUCCAGGGGAGGAAGCGAGAGGGAGGCACCUGCUGUGAGCAAUCUCAAUCUUGCAGAGAUUUUACCUCUACGAAAUCCCUGCAAUCUCAAUCUCUGUCGACUCGCUCCUCCUCCGGUCAUCCUAAUUCCUUUCCCCUGCAUUCCGCUUCAUCCUGCUCAUUCUAUUUUAUUUCAGCUGCUUGCGGGAGUUCAUGGGGAAAAAAAUUCUCUGCGCCUCUCCAAUUGUAAGCUUUUAUUUUACCCCGGGAGGGAUCUGAACACCCACACCCACACCCUGCUGUGGUGCUUUCGGAAUCGCAGUAGAUGGAAUAGUUUGGUCGCCAACUUUCCUUUCCCACCCUCUUUUCCCCUUCCGUCUCUCUCUCUCUCUCUCUCUCUCUCUCUUCUCUCUUUCCCGUCGUCCUCGCUCACAAUCUGCGGGCGAGGAAGUCUUAAAUCCCAUCUGCAGUUUCAUUAGAGAGAGAAAUUGAAGAACAUAAUCCCUGCAUUCUCUGUAUCUAUCUCUCUCCCUCCCUCCGAGCGGUAGGUAAUUCGCUCCUCAGAGCUCGAAUCCCGUCAAUUAGGGAAGCAAAGAUUACAUCUUUUCCGGUGCCCAUGUUACCACUUGCCGUGAGUGAUUUGCCCCCCAAACGGCGGCCGGUUCCGGUGGGCUUCCGGCGCCGGCGAGAGAACGUUGAACUGGGAAAUUCUCUUCUCACCCGCAGAGGGGAGGGCUUAGGUUUGUCUCCUAGCAGGGGGAGGUAAGGGGGGGCUCCUUUCCGGGGGGAGUAAUGGCCGCCCCUCGUCCUUUCAUUUGGAUGGGCCAUCUCCUCGUGAGCUCUCUCUCCAAGUUCCCCUCUAAUUAAUUGCCGGAGGCCCUCCCGAUAUAUUCCCCGCAUGCAUCCUGCUGCCCACGCCUCCUCUCUCUCUCUCUCUCUCUCUAUCGUGGGAAUCCUUCCCUCGUGGGGAUAGAGAGAGAGAGAGAGAGAGAGAGAGAGAGAGAGAGAGGGGGGGGGGCGUUGCAUGGGGAUUAUCGCGGUGCCCACAAAUUGGCGCUCAAAGGUGCGUGCUUUAGACUUGUUCUUUUGUCCUCUGAGCCCGCCGUGUUUUGAGCAGGUGAGAAGAUAUGUCUACCACGACGUGGUGCGGCUAGACGACCUGGAGAAGCUAAUCGACUGCUCCUACGUUCAGGUGAGUUGACGGAUAGAUCCGACUCGACUCCCGUCUGCAAUUCCCGGCUUCAUUAAUAUGAGAUUAUGCGGACUGAUGUUUGUGAAUCCUUCCAUCUGGUUCGGGUGGUUGGGGGCGGCAGCCCUACACCAUUAACAGCGCGAAGGUGGUCUUCUUGAAGCAGAGGCCCCAGUCCAGGCCCUUCAAGGGCUCCGGGAACAUCUGCCUCACCUGUGACAGGAUCCUCCAGGAGCCCUUCCACUUCUGCUCCCUCUCCUGCAAGGUCUGCCUUCUCAUCUCUCUUCUCUCUCUCUCUCUCUUCCCCGCUGGCCCACACACCCACCCACCUACCCAAUUAUGCGCGCUCUCCCUGUGUGAUGAUAUAUGCGAAGGUUCUGUCAGUUUUGAGGGGGGGAGGAGCCCUAGACAGCGGCUGCGAGAGGGAUCAGAGUCUUGUGUGCCAGAGAGGGAUGGGAUUAUUAUGAGCGGGCCGUGUGAGAGAGAAGGCGAUUAUUAUGAGCUGGGAUGAGAUUGACUGACUGAGAGACGGGGGCCGGCGGUUGUUGUGUUCAGGUGGAUCGCGUGGUGGUGCAAGGGCGGGACCUGUCGGGGGUCCUUUGCCGGCUGGACGAGUCUGAGGAGGCCUUCUCCCACUUCGAGAGCCUGCGGGUCGACGCCUCCGACCUCCCCGACGCCGACGACGACGGCCAGAACACCCCCAGCUCCAUUCUCGACGGCCCCCUCCGCCUCCGCCGCAACGCCACCACCUCCGCCGCCUCUAGCAACAGCAGCGGCGCCGCCGCCGCCGCCGCCGCCGCCGCCAGGAUCAGCUACGGCAGCUCCGCCGACUGUGCCACCUUGCAGAAGAAGAAGAAGGGCGCUGCCGCCGGGUUCCUGCCUCAGAUCGUCCUCUCCCUGGGCAGCAGGAGGAAAGGCGCCCCUCACAGGUCCCCGCUCUCCUAA